CCUUCCAAGAAUGUAAACAUUGUUUGUGUCGAGUGUCAAUUUGUCACUUAACGCAAACUACACUGACCAACUUUAUGAUUGAUAAUGUUAAUUUAAAUUGUGGCCAUUAUUUUUUAUAAUUGUAAUAGUUGCUUCUGUGAUUCUAUGACCAUCCAUUUGUUGGAAUAUUCUUUGGAUCAAGUGUUUUAGUCAGAUGUUCAUAUCACCAUAAUAUUUAUCUAAGAUGGAUGGUACAUCGGUUGAAGGAGAAGAUAUUUUAAAUCAUUUUAAAAGUGCUACAAGUUUACACCAUGAUCUGGAGAAGCUACAACAAUCUCACGAUGAGCUAUUACACCAAGUCGAAGCAGAAAAAACCGCAAAUGCUAAACUGAAAAGUGAAUUAGAAGAAUCUAGGUUGGCCCAAAGUAAACUGGAGGAACAAUUGGCUGCUAAAGCAAAUGAGUUGCUUGAAUCUAAAAAGAGCAUUGAAACCCUCACGCAUAAAUUGUCCGAUUUUCAAGAAAGUACAGAUAGAACGGAAAAACUAAGAAAGCUCGCUGUUAAAUUGAAAAAAGAUAUAGCUCAUGCCAAAGAUGAGCUAGAGACAAGUCGAUCCUCUGAAAAUCAGGCCAAGGAACAACUGAAAGCACUACAAAAGGAACAUGAAAAGGUUACAUCUUCUUAUCAACAGGCAAUCAGAAAUUUUCAGACGUUACAAGUGGAAUAUGACAAACUUCAAGAUGAAUAUGAUCAAUGCAAAGCCGGUGCUAAAACUAUCAAUACUGAUCUGAGCAAUAGUGUUAAUGAGCUGGGUAAAGUUAAAGAAGAACUGGCUGAGAAAAUGUUAGAAGCUGAUAAUCUUACUGCGAAAGUCAACAAUUUAAUGGAAGUUAUUUCUGAAUUUGAGGGCAAGUGCAAAGAACUAGAAAGUACUGUGAUUGUAUUAAGAUCUGAAUUGUUUACGGAAAGGAAGAAAGUCGUAGCUGGUAUUGGAUUGGAAAAAAGUCUAGAAGAGUACAAAAAUCAAUUAGAUAUCCAAACGAAUACAAUUCUUAACUUGGAAGAAAUAAUUGAAAAACUUAAAGCCAAGGAAUCCGAGUACGAUUCAUUGAGACCCAAUUAUGAAAGUUUGUGCGAUGAGAAACGUAAAUUAAUGGAGGACGUGAAUCGUAUGAACGAGACAAUAUCAUCCAUGGACGCCAAAAUAGAAAUGUUGAACAGUUCAUUAGAAGAAGAGAAAAUUAAAUCGUCCGAAUUAUUUUCAGAGAAGAAAAAUUUGGAGACUAAAUUGAAAUCAGUUGAAGAGGAUAACUUGGUCCGUGUUAAGAAUCUCUUGGAAGAGGUUUCCAGCCUAAAAGAAUCACUUUCUUUGAUGGAGGAAGAGUUGAAACGAAAAGAUGACGAGUUUGACGCUUAUAAAGCUAGAGUAACAAAAGUAUUAAACCAAAACAAGCAAACAUCGAAUGAAUCAGAUGAGGUUAAGAUGUUAAAGGAAAAGUUGGAGGGCAUCGAGCAGUUAAGAAGUGAAGAUCAGGCCAAAUGUAUAAAAUUGAGUGAAGAGAAGUCACGAUUGGAGAAUGAACUACGCCAAGCUAAUAAAGAGAAAGAAGUAUUAAUGAAAGAUUUAAAACGUUCUGACCAAUUAACAGAGGAUAACCAGAAGUUGAAAAAUCUUGCUCGUGAUUUACAGGGACGUUUAGUCAUGGAAAGAGAAAAUCAUGAAUCAGAAGUGAAAAAGAUGGAAUCAGAUAACAACUUGAUGGUUCAAGCUCUUCGACAAGAAAUAAGUGACCUGAAAACAAAGAUAAGCUACCUGGAAGAUGAGCUCAAUGGUUGUCUACAGCAGGAGAAAAAAGAUUCGACAAUUGAUAAUUCAUCUUUAUGCCAAAGUUGUAAAAGCUUAGCGAGCCUUACUCUACAAGAGUCUUCACCCAUUCCUAGUACAUGUGAUUAUAAUUCCCAUUAUUUGGAUCAUCAUGAUAGCUGUCAUCCAUCGUCGUCAUCAGGCCAAGUAAAUGAUUUAAGCCGUGAUAGUAUUGAAACAAAUUCACCCACCAAUCUUGAGAGACACACAAGACUUUCUAGCUGUUCGUCAUCCAUUCAAAGCCAUGUUAAUCCUUUAUUAGAAAUCCUCAACUCAAAGGAUGACUCUGAUUCACCUCAAUCUUCUAAUCAUUUUGAAAAUAAUCAUCUAGAUUCCCUCGAUAUUGGAAAUUUCAAGAAACAAUUGAAUGAUUUAUCUCAAUUGUUAAAAGAAAGUGAAUCCAAUAAUGCUCUGUUGGUUGAACAAAAUCGCGUUCUAAAAGAGGAAAUCAGACGUAUUCAGCGAAGUAUCGAAAGAGCUGAUAUUGUGCAAAAUAUGGAAUAUUUGAAAAAUAUUUUGGUUAAAUUUGUCUCUUAUGAUUCUGGGCGAAGUCAACUAAUACCAGUUUUAAAGACAAUUCUUAAACUGAGUAAAUCAGAGGAGGAACUAUUCACUUCUUUUGCUCAGAAUUCAAACCCACACAGUACUAAAUUAGCAAUCGAAAAUCAAGGUCUUAAUCAUUCAAAUCAACAACUUCAACAUCAAAACCAGAAUCAACAGUCUGGUAACUGGUCAAGUUUCCUAUGGCAAACUUUUUCUUAGCUUGUUUAAUGAUUAAACUUUAAUUUAAAUGGUUGGAUAAUUAUUUGCAUUGCCUUAAUUGUUUCGGCUCUGCUUAAUUUGGCAGUAAAAUAAAUAUUAAUUUUUUUCCACUACAA